AUGGCACAACCUCCUAUGGGAGGGCAGGGGCAUAUGCCUCCUGCUCUCCCAAUGCAUUCUCAUCGGCGAGAUCAGUAUCACUACCACCACCACCCGCAGUCGCCGAUGCAAUCCAACUUCUAUCCGGGCUACCAUUCGUAUUAUACCCAACAGGCACCCUACCGGUGGCAGCCUCCGUAUCCGCAGCAGCACUAUGUCCCUCCGCCGCAUAUGCAACAGCCGCAAUACCAGCCGCGCUCGCCGAUGGUUGUGAGUUCGCAGCCGCAGCCGCAGCCACACGCCCAGGCCAUAACACCGGUCACUCGACAGCAGAACCCGAUGCCAAAUCCUCCGCAGUCAACGCAGUCGCCGAGACCUAUACCGCCCUACAUGCACCAGCAGAAGACUCCAGUCGCUGCGUCUCCAGCGCCACAGCCUGAGGAGCAGCGUCCAGAGACACCCGCUCAGCCUACCCGUCGACCAUCGACGGCUACCAAUCCGCUUGCACUCCCACCUCAGCACAAGGAACCAUUCUGGCCAAAUGUAAGUUGCACUCAUCGCUCUUUGAGGACCUUUCUAACGAUGUAGCUUCCGUGGUACUCAACUCCCGAGGGCCGAUCUGCGUUCCCAGCGCGUGCCGUACCGCGGCGCCGGAGAAGACGCAAUCUGCGCUCGCCCAAUGCAGCAGUCUCUUUGCCUACCAAAGACGAGGUAGUGCAGGAUGAAGUGCCAGCCAGUGCGGAUUCUCAGGCUCCUUCUGCAAAGGAACCAGCCUCCGAGACCUCCACCAUCGCCGCGCCCUCCGAGCCCGAGACGCCCGCUACUUCACAAGCUCCGUCUGAGAGUGAAUACACACACGCAUCUACUUCAUCAACCCCAGCUCAGGCAUCCACAUCUUCGCCCAAAGCAACAGCCACACAGCAGCACGGUCGAAGAGACACGCGAACCGCGAUCGCAGUCCCGGCAAUCCUCGGCCUCCCGAAAGCAAAAGAGGCUUCCCCUCCAGCAACUGUGGUGAAGCAAGAGCAGAGAGUAGAGACGCAGGAUAGCGCCCACGACACACAAACGGUCAAGGCUGAACAGGUCGCUGCAGAAAAGCAGCCGGCAGCUGACGAGUCGUUGACGCUUAAUACACCACCUACGAAGCCUGCAGGUCCCAAGUCCUGGGCUGAGCUGCUACGGCGGAACACGAAGCCUGAGGCGCCAAGCGCAAUUCCCAAUGGUGAAGUUGUGCCCAAUGGCUUCCAACUGCCCAAGAGUGCGCCAUUGGCAGAGGCGCUCAAGCAGUACAACGUGCGCGGCGACACGAAGAUUUCUUUUAUUGAGCCCAGAGGGCUUGUGAACACUGGAAAUAUGUGCUACAUGAAUUCGGUAAGCCUGAAUAGAUCCGCAGUAGCUGGAACUCUUCUGACUCGCGACAGAUUCUUCAAGUUCUAAUAUUCUGCGUACCAUUCUACAACUUCCUCGAACAGGUCCGGCAGCGCACGGCACAUUCUUUGAAAAGCGACACGCCUCUCGUGGACGCUAUGAUCAUGUUCAUGACAGAGUUCAAGGGUUUGGCUAGCGCGGAGUCGGUUGUCAACCUACGUUCCAUGCUCAAGCAGGAGCAGCUCGAGCAGUUCGGCGAUCCGAUCACGCCAGAUUAUGUUUACAACGUCAUUCGGAAGCUACCACGAUUUGCAGGCAUGAGGGUAAGUGAACAGUGAGCCCCGUGGAUGUGAGCAGCAGAUGGUAACUUCCAACAGCGAGGACACCAGCAGGAUGCAGAAGAAUUCUUGGGUUUCCUUCUUGAAGGCCUCCAUGAUGAAUGCGUGAAGGUCAUGCAAGGACAGGCCGAUGAUCGACAACAAGCGAACGGAGCCACCUCACCGAGCACGGUCACGUCCCCAGAAUCUACAGACGGCUGGAUGGAAGUCGGGCCGAAGCAGAAAGCAUCCGUCACCCGGACUGCUGGCCAAGAGGACGAGCCUUCUCCAAUCACCAAGAUCUUUGGCGGGAAGCUGAGAUCAGAGCUUCGAGUGCCUGGGCAGAAAGACUCCGUCACAUUGGAGCCGUACAAACCACUGCAGCUGGAUAUCGGUGCACAGCAUGUCAACAACAUUGUCGAUGCGCUGAAAGGACUGACCAGAACCGAGGCACUGACUGGCGACUUUGGCGGACGAGGGACCACUGCAAAGAAGCAAGUGUUCAUUGACACUUUGCCGCAGGUCCUGAUACUCCAUCUGAAGCGAUUCCAGUAUGACAACAGCUUCUCUGGAACACAGAAGAUCUGGAAGAAGGUUGGUUAUCCACUGGAGCUGGAAAUUCCCAAGGAAGUCUUUCCACCAGCCAAGCGGGGUGGUUUGGCCGUGCAUGGCGGCCUUCCGAAAUACCGUCUCACCAGCGUCGUCUACCACCACGGCACAUCCGCUGCAGGGGGCCAUUAUACCGUCGACGUGCUUCGGGAAGACAACCGGGAUUGGAUCCGCAUGGAUGACACCAUCAUUCGACGCAUUCGGCCUGAAGACGUUGCCGAAGGGGGCGCCGAAGAGGACCCAAAGAUCCUUGCCAAGGCUCUCGAGCAGCACAAGGCCGAUCAGGAACUCCAGAAGCAGCGAAACAUGUAUCAAGGACUUGACGAGGCGGAGAAACAGCCUGAAGAGGAGAAGCCUUGGAACGAGGUCAACGGCGGGCCUGGGCAUGCGAAGAAGUGGAGUGCACAGCUGACGUCGAGCGUGGCCAACACGAAUGGCACAAGCACACCGACUAGCACAACUGGAAAGAAAACUCCCACGGCGAGGAAGGAGGGCGUGAGGGACAACAAGGUCGCGUACAUCUUGCUCUAUGAGCGGAUUCACGAUUAA